AUGAAAACUAUUUUUUUUGGAAGUGGCUUAUUUCCUUUGCCAAUUUUUUAAAGGCUGCAUAAGUUGUCAGCAAUUGAUCCGAAAAUAAAUUUGAUAACAGUGCCAAAUCAUUCACAUAAAGAGAAAAACUAAAUAAAAGAUUACGCUAUCUAAUAAUAAUUUAGUAUAUGAUUUGAAAAUAUAUAGAAAUAUAUUAGCCAAAUUUAUCAGAUAAAGGCAAUAGUUUUAUUAAUGAAAUACAAGAUCAACCUGAUUUGGGAAUAGUUUGUAAUUAUGGAUAUAUGAUUCCUAAUUAAAUUAUAGAUAUUUUUAAGAAAGGAGUUUAUGUUAUUCAUCCUUCUCUUUUACCAAAAUACAGAGGAGCAGCUCCAAUAUAAAGAGCUAUUAUGAAUGAUGAAUAAAAAACAGGUGUCUCAUUUAUUGAGAUUUCAAAAAAUAAGUAGAUAUUCAUUAAUAUCUAGAGAUUUGAUGCAGGUGCUAUCCUUUUAAGAAAAGAAAUUGAGAUUCUAGCAGUUGAUAGAUAUAAAGAGUUAUCAUAGAAAUUAUCAUAAUUGACAGCAGAUUCAAUAGAGGAAUUUAUUAAUAAUAUUGAUAAAUAUGAGAGAUUGAGCUAAAAUACAAGUGAAACAACUAAAGCACCUAAGAUUACUUAGAUUGAUUUAAAGGUGGAUUUUAAUAAUAAUGCAAAGAAGAUUUACAAUUAAUAUAGAGGAAUUUAUGGGACUAAUUUCCAUAGUUUGAAAUUGAAAUAUAAAGAGAGAGAAUUCUAUUUGGAAAAUAUUACAUUAAUAAAUGACUUAGAAUUAGAACAUUUAAAGUAAUUUAAUAUAGCUGAGAAUGGCACAAUAUGGUUAUUAAAGAUUAAAUAAUUCAAAAAUUAUUUCUAUAUAAAAUGUAAUGAAAAUAGUUGGAUCAGAGUCUAAGAAUUCAGAUUUACAGAUAGAGGUAGUAGUUAAGCUGCAUAUACAUUUAAGAAUCAAUUCAUGAUGGAUUUUAAAUUUGAUAGUUUGGAUAACUAUUACAAAUUAAGUUAUUGA